GUUUUUGUUGUUUCCGUUCACUGUAUGUUGUAGACAUUUUCAUUUCUUUCCGUAAUUAUUGCUUGAAGGUGGAUGAAUAUGAGAAUACAGGCUUAUACCUUUUUGUGUAAACGUUUAAGUCUCAAUUUUAGAGGGACAUUAUUCAACCCAGAAUCAUCAGCUAUACUUUCAUUAAAAAGGGGGUUUUCUCAGUGGCAUCUAGUUAGUGCUGUGUGUCUGGAAAGAAAACCAGUUAUUACUCAGCCUUUAACUCCAUUAGAACAGAAAUAUUUUACAUAUUUGCAAGACCUGGAAGCUGAAAAAAGUUUCUUGAGUGAUCAUGAAAAGCGUCAAAUUGAAGAUCAGUAAGUCUGCUU